AUGCGAAAAGGCUUUUCACUUCCGAAAUCUUCAAUCUUUAGAGAAGGAUGGCGAAGAGAAUCCUUCAUCAUGGGUGUACUUCCAUGGCAGUAUCAAGCGAUAACGAAUGCUUUUCAAAGGAGGCUUAAUCAUACAAAAUAUAUCUCAUCAUUGAAAAUAUUUGAAAAGGCACUUAUCACUGCAUCACGCAACAACAACGUUGCACUAGUUACUAAUGAAUAUCAUCAAAUGAAUGACCAAAUCCAAAUAUUCACUCAACAACGGUGUUAA